CACUCCCCACACACAAUGUUGAGAACUACUCGUCAAUCCAUCAACAGAUCGUUCAUUCGUAACCUCUCCCACAAGGAAUUAAAAUUCGGAGUUGAAGGCAGAGCCGCCUUAUUGAAGGGUGUCAACACCUUGGCUGACGCUGUUUCCGUCACCUUGGGUCCAAAAGGUCGUAACGUCUUGAUUGAACAGUCUUUCGGAGCUCCAAAGAUCACCAAGGACGGUGUCACCGUGGCCAAGUCCAUCACCUUGCAAGAUAAGUUCGAAGACUUGGGAGCCAAAUUGUUGCAAGAAGUCGCCUCCAAGACCAACGAGAGUGCUGGUGACGGUACCACUUCUGCCACUGUUUUGGGUAGAUCCAUCUUCACCGAGUCCGUCAAGAACGUGGCUGCUGGAUGCAACCCUAUGGACUUGAGAAGAGGUUCCCAGGCCGCUGUUGAAGCGGUUGUCAACUUCUUGCAACAAAACAAGAAGGAGAUCACCACCUCGGAAGAAAUCGCGCAAGUCGCCACCAUUUCUGCCAACGGUGACAAGCACAUCGGUGACUUGUUGGCCUCUGCCAUGGAAAAGGUCGGCAAGGAGGGUGUGAUCACCGUCAAGGAAGGUAAGACCUUGGAAGACGAGUUGGAAGUCACCGAAGGUAUGAGAUUCGACCGUGGUUUCAUCUCGCCAUACUUUAUCACCAACACCAAGAGUGGUAAGGUCGAGUUCGAAAACCCAUUGAUCUUGUUGUCGGAAAAGAAGAUCUCUUCCAUCCAAGACAUCUUGCCAUCCUUGGAAUUGUCCAACCAAACCAGAAGACCAUUGUUGAUUCUUGCUGAGGACAUCGACGGCGAGGCUUUGGCUGCUUGUAUCUUGAACAAGUUGAGAGGCCAAGUCCAAGUUUGUGCUGUCAAGGCUCCAGGCUUCGGUGACAACAGAAAGAACAUCUUGGGUGAUAUUGCCAUCCUCACUGGUGGUUCUGUUUUCACUGAGGAAUUGGACUUGAAGCCAGAAAACGCCACUGUUGACUUGUUGGGUUCUGCUGGUUCUAUCACCAUCUCCAAGGAAGACACUGUUAUCUUGAACGGCGAAGGUCCAAAGGAAAACAUCCAAACCAGAUGUGAACAAAUCAGAACUUCCGUUGACGAUGCUGCCACUUCCGAAUACGAAAAAGAAAAGUUGCAAGAAAGAUUAGCCAAGUUGUCCGGUGGUGUUGCUGUCAUCAAGGUCGGUGGUUCCUCCGAAGUUGAAGUCGGUGAAAAGAAGGACCGUUACGACGAUGCCUUGAACGCUACCAGAGCUGCCGUCCAAGAAGGUAUCUUGCCAGGUGGUGGUACCGCUUUGAUUAAGGCUUCCAGAAUCUUGGAUGAAGUCAAGGCUCAGGCUGAAAACUUCGACCAAAAGUUGGGUGUUGAAAUCAUCAAGUCCGCCAUUACCAAGCCAGGUAGAAGAAUCAUCGAAAACGCCGGUGAAGAAGGUGCCGUCAUUGUGGGCAAGAUCUACGAUGAACCAGAAUUCAACAGAGGUUACGACUCUGCCAAGGGUGAGUUCACCGACAUGAUCGCUGCUGGUAUCAUUGAUCCAUUCAAGGUUGUCAAGAACGGUUUGGUCGACGCCUCUGGUGUUGCCUCCUUGUUGGCCACCACUGAAUGUGCCAUUGUCGAUGCUCCAGAACCAAAGGGUGCCGCCCCACCACCUGCUGCUCCAGGAAUGGGUGGUAUGCCAGGUAUGUUCUAAGCAUAGAAAUUGACGAUUUACGAUAGCCUAAUUGGGCUUCGAAGUCCAUGAAUGAAUAUAGUAACCUGUAUAUUUUUAAUGUAUAUAGUCUCGAAUAUAGGGUUAGCGAGCAGAAAGUAAAGAAGGAAUGUAACAGAUCAACCUUGAGUGCUGUAUGUUAAGUUAUAUUAAUAAUCCAUUACUAAUAGCUUCUUAUCAGCAGCUUAUAUCCAUCCUAGUAAACCGUUCAAUCUUAAAUCUCUCA